AACAAAGAAUAAGCUGUGGUACUUUGAGUUUGGCACUUCAGAGACCUUUUCGGCCACGUGUAAGAAGCUCCAUGACUUCUUGGAGUUGGAGUGUGAUGGCGUUACUCUGGACCUUAGCAGCAUCUCUUUGGAAGGUAUUGCAGUUCUCAACAUUCCCAGCAUGCACGGGGGCUCCAACCUGUGGGGCGAGAGCAAGAAGAGGCGGGGUCAACGGAAAGGCGGCAAAAAGAGCCAAGAAAAACGGACGCCWGUGGUCGACCCCAAAGAGCUCAUGUUUGCGGUGCAAGAUCUGUCUGACCAGCUUCUGGAAGUGGUGGGACUGGAAGGAGCCAUGGAGAUGGGUCAGAUCUACACGGGUCUGAAGAGUGCAGGGAGACGCCUGGCUCAGUGCUCCUCUGUAACCAUCAGAACCACUAAAGCCCUCCCGAUGCAGAUUGAUGGUGAGCCCUGGAUGCAGACUCCCUGCACUAUUCAGAUCGUCCACAAGAACCAGGCCCCCAUGCUGAUGGGACCGCCACACUGUCGCAGCUUCUUCUCAUCAAUCCUCAGACGAACGCGCUCCGAAUGCAAAGACUGAACCGACCGUCACGUCACCGGACAUUUGUGUCUCGUCUCACACACACACACACACACACACAUUCACGCGCACACAAACACACACAGAGCAGCAGUGUGUGAAGCUGCCGCUGACUCGGCCCGGUCCAGACUUUAACGUGUGUUUUUGUAGCCCAGCGAACAGAACCACGCCGUAGAUUCAGUUUGCGUUGCCUGCAGCGUGACGACGGCGCUGAGAGGCCCUCRGUGGAUCCUGAACGGGCUGCGUUUCCAACAGCCAGGCAGUAGUUUAGCUCCAAAAAUAUUCCAGUUAUUUCUGGCAGAUCCACCUCUGAUCUAUUUUCUGUUAGUCUGUUUUUUUUUUUCUCACUGUUUUGCUCUGGUGCCAUGUGGAACAACCAAUGAUAUAUUUAUUUAUUUAUUUAUUUAUUCAUUUAUUUUUUUACUAUUUGUUCUUUGUUUUUCUGUAUUUGCAUAUUUGUGCUGCAUGAUGGACAGUGAAGGAGGCUGUUUAGAGUUUGCAGGUGAUAUUUUAGGUGUUUUAGUAAAAGGCGAUGUUUCUUUGCUUCAAAGCAGGAGAAUCGCUCGGUUUUUUAUUUUUAUUUUUUCCCUCUACUGCAAGUCAUCUGUGUUGGGUUUUUUGGUUGGCUGUGCUGCUUUUUCAGUGAUAAAAAAUAAGAACAAAAACAGGAAACGAUUAUUAAUUGUUCAUAAAAACAAAUAAAAAUGCAUGCCAGGCUUAGUUUUAUGUUGCACGGGAAAUUUCCAGACAGUUCAACAUUUAUGUGAACACUUGUUGCAUGAGUGACCAACUGAUUUAUUUAUGGAAAUACUUGGACCAACAUUUUCAGCUUCAACCAUAUGAGAUAGCCUCAUUUAUUGAAUAAGUUAUAGUAUUUUUAAAUUAGAAAUAGUAAAGAAGUUUAAAUAUUUUUAUGUAGUAAAGUACAAGGAUCAGAAAUUAAAAUCRAUCUGAAUUUAUUGGGUCAUUAUAAUCUGAAAAACUGACUCCACUUGAAUCAUUUUCAUGAUUCAGAGUCACCUGCUGAUGAUUCUUAUACACAGUACAGCUCUCAUUUUCCUUUUAUCUUAUUGUUUAAGCAAAUUUUUGAACACAACUAGUGGGAGAAGACAUUCAAGAGUUGCUGAAGCAUGGCUUUGUGGUCAUGAGUAUAUAACACUCACUAGUUCUCAAAUCCUUCUGUCAUCUGUGUUUUAGGAGCUGUAUUU